AUGCUGAGCAAGACAGAGUCAACUAACUACAGUAGUCAAGUCAGUAACCGAGACCACCCACCAAGAACUGGGAGUUGGCCAACAACCCGGGCCAAAGUUGAUGUCCCCCCUUCACUUACUCACAGCCCUGAGGCCAGUAUCAAAAGCGUGGAAUCCAUCAUCUGGACCUCCCAGGAGACUUCCAAAGCCUCUACGGACAGCUCCCAAUUCAACCAAAGUACUCUAGACAGCAACAUCCUCAGCUCACCGUCAGGCAACUUCGUUGAGGUCAAUUCUGGCGGGUGUCAGAACAGGCGUAGACGCAGCCAUUCACUGCUGCCCAUAGGCUGGUGGCUGCUGCAUGAGGCCAAGAAGAUCAGCCACCUGCUGAGCCUGGCACUGAGCCUGGUUGGCAUGAUGAUCAUCGGUCUCAUCUCUCUGGGCCAGCCCUGGAUCCACUUCCGGGUGCCACUGACCCCCCCUGGGGACCCUGCUGGCUCCCUGACCAUCCCCAUCAACACCAUCUUCUUUGUGCGGUGCCCUGAUAUCUCCUGCCUGCAUGAAUACGACCAGAAUGCUUACCUGCUGGACUUGUCCUGGGCAUUCCUCGUCAUCGCCAGCAUUGCGAGCUGCUGCCUCUGCAUCAUACUCAUACACAUCAACUUCUUCACCAGCUCCAACGUGCUAGUGCUGGACUUCUCCAACACCAUCCUCAGCAUCCUGACAGGCAUGGCACUGAAAUCUUCCCUCAGGACCCCAGGCGAGGAGUACCUCACCCAGUGCCUAUCAUGA